CUAUCAAGAGAACAACCUCCUCCUGAAAAACCAACAGAAACAUUACAAGACUAAAACAAUGAACUCAGCAGCCAUCCUGUGCCUUGCUGUCUUGUUCUGUGCAGCAAUUGAAGGAUCUCCAAUGCCUGGCAAGGGUCGUUGCCAUUGCCUUGGAGACGGUGUCAACUUUAUUCAACCAAGACUCAUUGAGAAGUUAGAUGUGAUUCCUGCAUCAACGACCUGUGGCAACUUGGAGAUUAUUGUUACACUGAAGAACAGUGAAGAACUGAGAUGCCUGAAUCCCAAAUCUAAGUUUGCACAGAAUUUCAUUAAGAAUGCAAAGAUAAGGACCCAGCAGUAGACUUUAACAUCAAUAAGAGAAGAAACAACCUCAACGAUUUUCAAUUUUUUUUUCGAAGACCCCAUAACAAGGACCAAACAGCCCUCCAAGAUUCUUAGAAACUACUUGUUACCCUUCCUCUUCCACUCUGAAUAAUGUAUAUUUCCUUAUGUAAAUAUCUGGAUAGACCUUAUAAAUGAGAAAUGAACAUUUAACUUGUUUUUCUGUGUUUUGCAGAUAUGUACAAAUAUUGUGUUAUUUAUAAAAUUGAAGAAAAAAAAAUCUUAACUGUUAUUUGUACACAUAGGUAUCAUUUUUUUAAAUGACUGUAAUCAUUUCAGAAGUCUGAAUCCCAAAUGUUGAACAUGUUGUAAAUCUGGGUGUGAAAAUAUUUACUAUAUAUUUGAUCUAUAACCAAACAUUUAUUGUAUACAUUGUAAAAUAUUCUGUACAAUUUUUUUUAAUAUUGACUUUGAUAAGUUAUUGUUUGAAGAUAUUCAUGUUUUUUGUUGUACCCUUUAAGUUCAAAUAAAUUAGGGUUUUAAAAGA